CGAGUCUGUUUGUUUCUCAUAGCGACUCCUUCUGCUUUCUCUCACAACCAUGACUUCCCUUACUAACACUAACGGCGAUGCUGCCUCCGUCAACAACCUCCCCACCGUCACCUUCACCAAGCUCUUCAUUAACGGAGAUUUUGUUGACUCUGUCUCAGGAAAGACAUUUGAGACAAUAGAUCCGAGAACAGGAGAAGUGAUAGCUCUGAUCAGCGAGGGAGAGAAAGAAGACAUAGACAUUGCUGUUAAAGCAGCACGUCACGCUUUUGAUUCUGGUCCAUGGCCUCGCCUCCCCGGUGCUGAGAGAGCAAAAAUUUUGAUGAAAUGGGCACAACUAAUUGAUGAACACGCAGAGGAACUUGCGGCACUAGAUACGAUUGAUGCGGGGAAGUUGUACCACAUGUGUAGGAACGUGGAAGUUCCUGCAGCAGCAAGCACUUUGCGUUACUAUGCAGGUGCUGCUGAUAAAAUUCACGGAGAGGUGUUGAAAAUGUCCCGAGAGUUCCACGCUUAUACAUUGCUGGAACCAGUUGGUGUUGUGGGACACAUCAUUCCCUGGAACUUCCCCAACACCAUGUUCUACAUCAAGGUUGGACCUUCUCUAGCUGCUGGCUGCACCAUGGUCCUUAAACCUGCAGAGCAAACACCCCUUUCUGCUUUGUAUUCUGCUCAUCUUGCUAAAUUGGCUGGACUCCCUGAUGGAGUGCUCAAUGUUGUGCCCGGAUUCGGCCCAACUGCUGGUGCUGCAUUAAGCUCACACAUGGAUGUUGAUGCGGUUAGCUUUACUGGUUCAACGAAAACAGGUCGUGAGAUCAUGCAGGCUGCAGCUAAGAGUAACUUGAAACAAGUUACACUUGAAUUAGGAGGCAAGUCACCCCUCAUAAUUUUUGAUGAUGCUGAUAUAGACAAAGCUGCAGAGCUUGCUCUAAUUGGCAUCCUAUAUAACAAGGGAGAAGUUUGUGUUGCAAGUUCCCGUGUGUUCGUUCAAGAAGGGAUCUAUGAUGAAUUUGAGAAAAAAUUAGUGGAAAAGGCAAAAGCUUGGGUAGUUGGAGACCCCUUUGAUCCUAAAGUUCAACAAGGACCUCAGUGUAACAAGACACAAUUUGAAAAAGUUCUUUCAUAUAUCGAGCAUGGAAAGAGAGAAGGAGCUACCCUUUUGACCGGGGGUAAAACAGUGGGAAACAAAGGCUACUUCAUUGAACCGACAAUUUUCUCCAAUAUUAAGGAGGAUAUGCUUAUAGCACAAGAUGAAAUAUUUGGCCCUGUUCUGGCGUUGAAGAAGUUUAAGACCAUUGAGGAAGCAAUUAAGAGUGCUAACAAUACUAAGUACGGCCUAGCAGCAGGCAUAGUGACAAAGAAUAUUGAUACAGCAAACACAGUGUCAAGGUCCAUUCGUGCAGGCACCGUUUGGAUCAAUUGCUAUUUUGCUUUCGGCGAUGAUGUUCCCUUUGGAGGGUAUAAGAUGAGUGGAUUUGGAAAAGAUCAUGGAUUGGAAGCCCUUCACAAAUACCUGCAAGUUAAAUCUGUUGUUACUCCCCUUUAUAAUUCUCCUUGGCUUUGAAUAAUAUAUCUAUUGCGUGGAUUUUUAUAAAUGCACUGUUAUGUGCCUUCUUGUGGCCACUACCUAUCAAUUUCCAUCUUCCACAAUGUAUGAAAAUAAUCUUGUCUCUGCUAUAUUAUCAAAAGUACACUCUGUUUUUAUGAU